AUUGUGAGGUAGCACUAUGCCGGGGGGAGGAAAGAGUGAGAGCAUGCGCGUGAUAGUGCGUGUGCGCCCGGAGAACUCGCGAGAGUGCAAGACAUCCGCCGACUCAAAUGACGUCCCGCUCAUCAGUGUGUUGGACGAACAGGUACUGGUGUUUGACCCGAAGGUGGAGAAUGCACCAACCUUCUUUCACGGACAGAAAGUCAAAUUCAGAGACAUGACCAAGAAGAAGGCCAAAGACUUCAAGUGUGUGUUCGACUCAGUUCUCAACCAGUUCAGCACCCAGCAAGAGCUGUUCGAGGCUAGCUCCUUGGAUGUAGUGAAGUCAGUUGUAGAAGGGUACAAUGGGUCAGUGUUCGCUUAUGGUGCCACAGGCGCAGGCAAGACACACACCAUGCUCGGAUCAGUGGAUCAACCAGGUGUAAUAUACCAGACGAUGGUUGAGCUAUUCCGUCUGAUGGAGGAGAGAGAGGAAACCGUGUUUGAGCUGGGAGUGUCCUACAUGGAGAUAUACAAUGAAACCAUCAGAGACUUGUUCGCCUCGGCCACUGGUAGACCCCUGCCUCUCAGAGAAGACGAGCAGGGCUCAGUCACCAUAGCAGGACUCACCUACCACUCGCCCAAGUCUGUCAGGGAACUGUAUGACAUGCUAUUGACAGGCAACCAGAACAGGACACAGCACCCCACAGAUGCGAAUGCACAGUCCUCGAGAAGUCACGCAAUUUUCCAGGUGUACCUGCGACAGAGACCAGUCAACUCUGGUACCACCACGCGCUUCUCCCUCUCCAAACUGUCCCUGAUUGAUCUGGCGGGUUCGGAAAGGGCAGCUGCGACCACCAACAGAGCAAACCGCAUGCGUGAGGGAGCAAAUAUAAACCGGAGUUUGCUGGCACUGGGCAACUGCAUCAACGCUUUGGCGGAGAACAAGAAGAAUAUGCACAUCCCCUGGAGGAACAGUCAGCUCACCCGUAUCCUCAAAGACUGUCUGGGCACCAAUUGCAAGACGUGCAUGAUAGCAGCUGUAUCUCCCUCUAGACUCACCUUCGAAGAUACGUUCAAUACCCUAAAGUAUGCAUUGCGGGCAAAGAGUAUUAAGUCGCAGUUGAAGAAGGAGACGGUGAACAUCACAGAACACGUGGGCAAGUACCAGAAUAUCAUCGAGACAUUAAAGAAGGAGAACGAGAGACUCAACUCACAGAUUAACACCCUCAGAGAGGAACUGAAGAGUGCAGAGGAGAAGGCCAGUGUACUGGAUGCGAGUGAACAAAAUGAUUCAAGUGGGGAACCCAAAAAGAGGCUGUCUACAGUGAGUGGUGGUGCGGUGAGUAGCAGACGGGGAUCCAGAAGCAUAACAAACAUAGAAGCCAGACUGUCAGUCAAGGAGAUCCUGAGCAAGAUCAAAUCUACCCACACGCAGAGAGCACAGCUGAGGAAAAGUAUGUUGCAGAUAGAAAGUGAAGAGAAGCAGCACAAAAUGUCUCUUCAUUUUGUGGACCAGAUGAAGAAAUUGGUGUCUGUGUUCUCGUCAGAGGACGACGAACAAGAGAGACGACUGAUCAGUCUACAGAAUGAAGACGAAGUGAUCAAAGAGAAGAUGCUACUGUUGACUGCGAAGAAAAGCAAUCUCACACAGAAGAUGGCAAAAGUGGAAGAAGAGUACAGUUGUGUGUGGGGAGAGGUGGCCACUUGGGAACUGAGUGAAGAGGCGGAGUAUCUGCGGAAGGAGUUACUUGUGCUGGAACAGAUGAUCAAGAUCAACGACCUCCUGCACCAGAACCAACACCUCAAAAGUCUCUCAGAGAAACAGCAGGACCACAUCUCACAGCAGAGCCACAAACUUUUACCCAUUGCUCAGUUUCUAAGAAGCAUUCUUUUUGAAGUUGAGGCAGCUGAUUCUCUGCCUUCUACUCAGCAAUGGCUACAUAAUUUCACCAACCUACAGAGGUCAGUGAUGGACAAUGUAGAAGUUACACCACUAAUGGCAUCUUGCUUCAACACCAAGGCAGAAGUCGUAGCGAACUCAGCAAAUGAGAUAAACGGAGACAACUUUGAACAGCUGCUUGACUUCACCAUUAUGAAACCCAUCAGUCCAAAGACACCUGGCAUUACAAAGAAUAUGGGCGGCAAGACACCAUUCACGGGGGAGAAGAUUGUAUGGCAACAGAAUAACAGGCCCAAACCGAAAGUGGUUCCCAUACCGGCUAGCAAGGGUGACAAGACAUUGACUGCGCCGCCGCCGGCGACUUUGACCAAAAAGAGGAAGUCAGUCACGCCAAGAAGCAGCAAAGUCAAACAAUUGAUCUGGAGUAAGUCUCAGAACUCAAGGACUGUGGCAGCCAAACAACCCAAGUUCCUCGUCAGCACCCUACAGAGUGGAGGGGCAAGUAGCGGUAAAAAGAAGACGACAGGAGUGGGGCCAAGCAGCGAUUCGGGGAGCAAAUCCAGUGGCGGGUUCUUUUCAAGAGCUAAAAAUAAGCAAAGUGUCUCCUCUUCCGCAACUCCAGCUACAGUUAAGACGACAUUUGCAAUCACUGAUUUGAAUGGCCGAAAAAGAAAGCAGACCAUUGACGGUGUCUCUGCUGUGUCCAAAAUGCUGUCCACAGACACUCAGCAGAGAUCAGCAUCAGGCAGCAGCAGUCGAACUAGCAACUCAAGCUCCUCAUUGUCCGUUAAUUCGGGACCCAAACAGUUCAAGAAAAGCAUCUCCAGUUCCAUAAUGCCUAGCAGAGUCUCAAGUCUGUCUAAAGAGGCCGUAGCUAACACGAGUAAAACGUCUCGCUCCUGGAGCAGACGGAGAUCCAAGACACCCUCGCCGGUAUCAAGGAGAGUCUCGACUAAUUUUAAACCCAUAGUGAGACGUGAGACGUUUGUGAAGCCAGAUUUGGGGAAAAUUUUCGAGGAGCAAAGGGCUCUGUCAAAGGCCGAAAAUGAAAUUAACCGACGUUGUACAGUAGCAGCUUCAGGCUCUAUGAUGACAACCAGGUCCUCAAAUUCUAGUCGGAUGUCAAGACUCACUACGAAGGAAGCAUUCAGACCGAUUCCUCCUAAGAAGUCAAUCUCUAAUUUGAUAGGCAAAGGCGAUGAGUUUUCGUUAUCAAGUAUGGGCAAUGCAAGUGGGAACUCUGUAAUAUCAAAUCCAGAAUUGACUAUUUUUGGUACGAAGACGUUCAACAAAUUAGUGGACGAAAACACAGACCCGUUUAGUUUUGCAAGUAGUGUCAGUCACCAAAGCAACUCCUCCUUGAAUUUUGAAAAUGAAGCAGAUAAUACAGUCAAUGAAGUUCGAAACUCGAAGUUUUUGGACAUCGAAGACACGUUUCAAAGAUUGUCAAAAAAGAAAAAACAGGAAGACGAGGAAUCAUCUUUUUCAUUUAAUACUCCAGAUGGUAAAAACGACACUUUUGUCAGAUUACGAGACGAUAAUAUUCACGAUGAGUCUGUUUUCGACAGUGGCUCAAAAUUUGUGCAGAAUUUAGAACAAAGUAAUGAAUCGCAUGACAGUUUCAGAAGAAACACGGUGAAUAGUUACAGCUCCUACAACAUGGAGGAAACAGUUUUGAAUGCUAUUAGCAGAUAUAGGAGAACUACUCUCAUGCAAAAUAAUCAAGAACAGAACAAGUAAAAGUAAAAAACUGAAUUGAAGUAAAACAUUUCAAAGUGACGCUUAAAAAAUUGUUUAUAGGUUUGUCCAAUGACUUUUUAUGAUUGUCUAAGUUUUGACCGAGUGUUUUUGUUGAUUUAAAUUUGACUACAUUGUUUUUUGUGCUAAUUAAUUCAGUCUUUAGUUUGAUAAAGGCUUUGUGAGGUUCUACUGUAAUCGUCAUCAUUAGAUCUUCUUAGUUUUCUCAUAAAAAUAACAUUUGUGUAAAGGCAAUGAAUUCAAUCUUUUUAGGAA